CUGCGUUUGUCUGUAAAGGAGAAACACUACAGAAAUAUCUGACAAUUUAAUUUGUGCUGAACAAGACAAUGUCUGACAAGAACCAAACCUCAGACUUUCCUGAUGCAUACAGAGGGCGUCUAGAGGAAAACCCGGGCACUGGGCUAUUAAAUGUGAAGGAAGAGGAUGAGACAGAUGACAUGAAUAGUCAUCAGACUGAAAUACAUUGCUCCCUCCCUGCCGAUGAAGAUAACGCUGAUAUAGUGAAAGUUGAGAUAACAGAAGAUUUGUGUGUGAAACAUCAGCUGGGAGCUCCUGAUGAGAAAACCAGUGACAGUAUCAGCCCAGGCCGUAUGGAUGUGACGCCUUCAGAUGGCUCAGUGGUUGAGCACGGAGGAGAACCGUAUGUGUGUAAUUACGUGAAGACUGAGGAGGAUGAAGUUCCUAUAAAUACCGCUACAGGUGAUGUUAAGACUGAGUUUACACUUAAUACUGAACAAAUAAAUGAUCUGUAUGUAAAGAGUCAGCGAGAAGCUCUGAAGCAGGAAAUCACUGACAAUAUUAGUACAGGUGAAUUUACAAACUUCAGUAAUCCUAGUCCUAGCCAUGGUGAAAAUACAGAUACUUGUUUCAAUCUUCUUCAAAAUCAAAGAAGCAACGUGGAAAAUUUAUGUUCUGAAUAUGGGAUUUUUUUUACCAGGAAAUCAAAUCUUUUAAGAGAUCAGAAUAUUCAUACAGGAGAGAAAGUAUUUUCAUGUUCUGAAUGUGGUAAAUGUUUUGCUCAGAAAUCAAUUCUUGUUAGACAUGUGAAAAUUCAUUCAGGAGAGAAAGCAUUUUCCUGUUGUGAAUGUGGGAAGUGUUUUAUUGACAAAUCAACUCUUAGAGGCCAUCAGAAGAUUCAUACAGGAGAGAAAGCAUUUUCAUGUUCUGAAUGUGAGAAAUGUUUUACUGACAAAUCAACUCUUAUUAGACAUCAGAAAAUUCAUACAGGAGAGAAAGCAUUUUCAUGUUCUGAAUGUGAGAAAUGUUUUACUCAGAAAUCAACUCUUAUGAGACAUCAGAAAAUUCAUACAGGAGAGAAAGCAUUUUCAUGUUCUGAAUGUGGGAAGUGUUUUACUUUGAAAUCAACUCUUAGAAACCAUCAGAAAAUUCAUACAGGAGAGAACGCAUUUUCCUGUUCUGAAUGUGGUAAGUGUUUUACUUUGAAAUCAACUCUUAGAAAACAUCAGAAAAUACAUACAGGAGAGAAAGCAUUUUCAUGUUCUGAAUGUGAGAAAUGUUUUGCUCAGAAAUCAACUCUUAUGAGACAUCAGAAAAUUCAUACAGGAGACAAAGCAUUUUCAUGUUCUGAAUGUGGGAAGUGUUUUAAUUUGAAAUCAACUCUUAGAAACCAUCAGAAAAUUCAUACAGGAGAGAACGCAUUGUCAUGUUCUGAAUGUGGGAAGUGUUUUAUUGACAAAUCAACUCUUAGAGGCCAUCAGAAAAUUCAUACAGGAGAGAAAGCAUUUUCAUGUUCUGAAUGUGGUAAAUGUUUUGCUCAGAAAUCAAUUCUUGUUAGACAUGUGAAAAUUCAUUCAGGAGAGAAAGCAUUUUCAUGUUGUGAAUGUGGGAAGUGUUUUAUUGACAAAUCAACUCUUAGAGGCCAUCAGAAAAUUCAUACAGGAGAGAAAGCAUUUUCAUGUUCUGAAUGUGGGAAGUGUUUUACUGACAAAUCAACUCUUAGAGGCCAUCAGAAAAUUCAUACAGGAGAGAAAGCAUUUUCAUGUUCUGAAUGUGAGAAAUGUUUUACUCAGAAAUCAACUCUUAUGAGACAUCAGAAAAUUCAUACAGGAGAGAAAGCAUUUUCAUGUUCUGAAUGUGGGAAAUGCUUUGCUCAGAAAUCAUUUCUUAUUAGACAUAUGAGAAUUCAUACAGGAGAGAAAGCAUUUUCAUGUUCUGAAUGUGGGAAGUGUUUUAUUGACAAAUCAACUCUUAGAGGCCAUCAGAAAAUUCAUACAGGAGAGAAAGCAUUUUCAUGUUUUGAAUGUGGGAAAUGUUUUACGUGGAAAUCAAUUCUUAGAAACCAUCAGAAAAUACAUACAGGAGAGAAAGCAUUUUCAUGUUCUGAAUGUGGGAAAUGUUUUACUUGGAAAUCAACUCUUCAUGCUCAUCAGAGAAUUCAUUUAGGAGAGAAAGCAUUUUUAUGUGGUGAAUGUGGGAAGUGUUUUACUGACAAAUUGACUCUUAUUAGACAUCAGAUAAUUCAUACAAGAGAGAAAGCAUUUUCAUGUUGUGAAUGUGGGAAGUAUUUUAGUAAAAAAUUAACUCUUAGAAGCCAUCAGAAAAUUCGUACAGGAGAGAAAGUAUUUUCAUGUGAAUGUGGGAAAUGUUUUAAUCAGAAAUAAACUAUUAUUAACCCCUUAACGACCAAAGACGUACAGGGUACAUCCUACAAAAAAAGGUCAGUUAAUGACGAAGGAUGUACCCUGUACGUCCUUAGGGGUUUCAAGCUGUGGAAGCGAUUCUGAUCACUUCCAGCCACUUUCAAGGUAUUGCAGUGAUG